AUGACUAUGGUAAACAGCUUUCCCGAACGGAUGAAUUUAUCUUUUUCUGGAUGCGGGUUCCUAUGUAUAUAUCACGCUGGAGUUGCAGCAGCAAUAAAAGAAUAUGCACCACAACUUACUCAAAACAAGAUAUCAGGAGCAUCUGCAGGUGCCAUAGUAGCAGCUGGUCUCAUGACAAAUAUUUGUAUAUCUCAGGCCACUAGCACAAUAUUGAAAGUAGUAACACAGGCUCGUUCACGUGCCCUCGGUCCAUUACAUCCAGCUUUCAACUUGCUUGCUGUGACUCGUGAACAAAUUGAACUCACACUGCCUCCGGAUGCCUAUAAAACGUGCAGAGGACGCCUCCAAAUUUCUCUAACUCGAUGGCGAGACAAUGCAAAUGUGGUAGUUACCGAAUUUGAUUCAAAUGAGGAAUUGAUAGAUGCCAUAAUCUGUAGUUGCUUCAUUCCCAUAUACUGUGGAAUGGUGCCGCCGACGUAUCGUGGCGAAGCUUACAUUGAUGGCGGUUUCACAGAUAAUCAGCCUUCAUAUGAUGAUCACACCGUUACAGUUAGCCCGUUUUCCGGAGAAUCUGAUAUCUGCCCUCCUGAUUGGGAUAGUGCCAGCUUCUUCGGCAUCUCCUUCUCUAGAACAUCAAUCCGCUUCACUACGCGUAAUCUCUUCCGAUUAACGGCAUGUUUGAUGCCGCCAUCCACUGAAGACUGUUCGAAGAUGUGCCUUCAGGGAUUUGAAGAUGCCCUACGAUUUCUCACGAAGAAUGCAAUGGCGCCGUGCAUACGCUGUCUGACUAUUCAAACGAAUAUAGACGAAAUUGGUGAACUGUACAGUCCUCAAGAAGAGCGCCAGCUCUCGCCAACAGGGCCAAGACCACGGAAAAGGACAGCCACCAUGAGCAAGAAAAGAAUGGAAUCAGAGUGCGAUACGUGCUGUGAAAGUGAACAUAUGUACAAUACUGCUGUGAGCGAUGUAUUUCCAUCCCUUCUCACAAGAACUUUCGAUGAAGCGUUUGCCGCAGAAGAGUCGUACUUCAAGUACCUGCUUUCGUUCCGGAUGUUUCGCUUGCUCGCAUGGCUCUCGGUGUUGGAAAGUUACCUUGGGACAUGCUCGUUAGAACAAAGUGAUGUAAAACUGAAGAUAGUGAAGUACCUAGAAGAACAAAUUUCUGGAUUCAAUACUAAGAUUUGCAGUAUGUCAGCAUGGGCUUCAGCUGUCGUGGCUCCCCAGUGGCUAAGAGUAAAGAUACAGUCCUUGAUAGAUUUUAUACUGAUGGAGGUGGAGUACCAGCAGUUACGCUACAGCCGGUUCUCAUGCUUACUCCCUGUUCCUGAGAUAUCAAUUCGUUCACGUCGUGAUGCAGACAUUGAACUCAGCGAAGACGCCCGUAAGGAACUUGAGGUUCUUCGAGAAAGCGAUCGAAGGAAGAAGGUUAAGUUGGAUACGGUGGCGGCUGUCGCUACGGUUUCGAACGAUUGGAUCUGGUUGGACGAUGUGGCCAACGACGAUUCUGUCGAACACGUGAUUGAGUACAGUCGUUCUCAUGAUGCUAUGUACGAAUUCCACUAUUUUGACGAAAACCAUCAAUUGCGCUCAUUCGAAUUGUUCAAUGUGGCCAAUCCGUACAAGAGGCACGACUGCCAUACGCGCAUUAACACUGGCGGUACCGUGUCACGACCGGUAACGGUGUUGGCAGAAGAGGCUGAGCAGGCAGAAGAGGCUGAACAGGCAGAGCAAGACCAAAAUGUUGGAUGCUCUAAUAACUCAGAAGAGGCUGAUUCCGGACUGUCAGGCGUUGAAGGUCACACUGAUUCAGGCCGAAAACAGUACCCUGUAUCUCGCAGUGGCAGUGGCGUGACAGCAACUGGAUGCAGUGCUGGAGCUGAUGUAAGGUCGAAUUCAUCAGAUUCUGAGGGAGAUGGAGCCGAUCGGCUCUUCGUGCCUGCACGUCGCCAACGGACGUCAAGUAAAGAGUACGAUGGCGAACCUGAACCCAGCGACACUGACAUUCUAGUCUAG